AUUAAAUCACUAGAGGAUGAAUAAUCAGCUCAGCUAAAAUAAUAUUUAUUCUGGGAUUAAUAAAAAAAUUAUCCGAAGCUCAAACACUUUUUUAUAAAAAGUUUUUUUCUAUGUUGAAAUUGCAUUGAUGCUUUGAAUUUUAAUCGAUUGACAAUAUAAAACCUAUCAAUCCUUUUGAAAGUAGUUACCUACCUGGAACGUAAAAUGUACCAUUCUUCUUGUACGGAACUUACCAAUAUAUCAAAUCACGUAUUCUGGAGAUUUUUCAAUUCCUUUGACACGGUUAUAACUUGUUGUGAAGGAGUUUUAUGGAAUGCAGACAAAGAAAUAAAGGGAUCUCCUGCUACUUUGAAUCGUUUAAGAGAAAUUGGAAAACAGAUAUUUUUUUUUACUAAUAAUUCUAUGAGAACUAGAAAAGAAGUGGUAGAGCACGCUGAAAAACUUGGAAUAAUUAUUCACGAGGAUGAGGUAGUUUCCAGCUCAUAUCUUACUGCUUAUUACCUUAGAAGUCUAAAUUUCAACGGUACUGCUUACGUAAUAGGUUCAAAGGGACUUGUCCACGAAUUAGAAGCUUUUGGAAUCACUCACAUAGGCACUGGGCCUGAUCCACCUGCGGAAACAAUAGCAGAUACUUAUUUAGAAGCCGAAAUAGAUCCUGAAGUUAAAGCUGUAGUUGUCGGUCUUGAUGAGCAUUUCUCAUUGCCGAAAAUUCUCAAAGCUGCCACUUACUUGGAAGAUCCGACCUGUGAAUUUGUUGCACUUAGUUCCGAAGAGAGAAGAAGUGGAUUCACCCCUAAAGCUGUACCUUCGACUGGUGCUAUCUUAGCAGCUAUCGAAACUUGUUCAGGGAGAAAAGCAAAAAUAUUGGGAAAACCCAGCAGUUACAUCAUAGAAUACUUAAGAACGCAUCAUUGCAUAGACCCGCAAAAAACACUACUUCUUGGAGAUAGAUUGAAAAUAGAUAUACUGCUAGGACAAGCAUGUGGAUGUCAAACUCUUAUAGUAUUAUCUGGUAUGACCCAAGCUGAAGAACUUUAUUCCAAACUGCGAUCUAGAUAUUUAGGUGAGAACACAGAUGGACUUUUCCCUGACUUGUACACUAAAUCUUUGGAGGAUAUGUUACCAUACCUAAUUCUAAAGGAACACAAGAACUGAACAGAUGUCAAUAUUGUAUUUUAGUCUUGUAAAUAUACAUAAUCACUUUAUGGAAAUAUGUAUUACCCUGUAAGAAUAGAAAUAUAAAAAUGCACCAUAAAAUAAUAUGAAAUCUUAAUUAAUAAAUAAAAGGUAUCAAAGCUUU